CACUCUGACAUCCAUCUGACAGGAUGUUAGUGGCUUUGUUUUCUACCUUGUCCUUGGUCACUAUUAUUCAUGCUCAGCUCUGUCAACCAGAUGCAAAAAAUGCUUUUAAAGUGAGACUUAGUCUCAAAACUGCUCUGGGAGAUAAAGCAUAUGUCUGGGAUGAAAAUGAAGAAUACUUAUUCAAGGCAAUGAUGGCAUUUUCUUUACGAACAUUUUCCAACAGAGAAACAAUAGAAAUUUCCAACAUCUUGCUUUGCAAUGUUACAAAACGAGUGUCAUUCUGGUUUGUAGUUACAGACCCUUCUACAAAUCAGACACUUCCUGCAGAUGAGGUGCAGGCAGCCAUAAGGAUGAACAGAAACAGGAUCAACCAUGCUUUCUUUUUGAAUGACCAGACGUUGGAAUUCCUAGAAAUUCCUGCCACUCUCGGUCCCCCCACUGAGCCAUCAACCCCUGUCUGGAUAAUUACAUUUGGCGUGGUAUUUUGCCUUGUCAUAAUUGGAAUCGUAUUACUGGUUAUGUCAGGGAUCCGUCAACGGAGAAGGAAAAGCAAAGAAUCAAGAGAAACAGGUGAUGUUGAAGACAAAAAUGAAACAAUGGUGACAAUAGAAAAUGGUAUUCCCUGUGAUACUCUGGAUUUCAAGGAAGGAUGUGUUAACAGAGCCUUGGUAGCAGAUGAUGAAAAACUCACACCACUAUGAGAAGCAUUUACCUAUUGCCCUAAAGAAACUCGAUUUUGCUGCUGACCACCUAAACAUAUCAAGGAAUGAGAAGGUUUUGGGGGUUUUUUGGUGUUUUUUUUUUGAUUAUGCUUCUUCUUUUGUAAGAAAUUUGGAUGACCAGAACAAGUGAAGAAGAAAUUGACUCUGAAAGUAGUUGAUAAGGGCAAGAUAUUAAGUAACCUAUUAUAAGAUAUAUUGCUGAGAAUGCAAACUUUAAGAAUAUAUACAAUAUAUUUAGUUAUUGAUUUUAAAAUGUCUAUUAUUUGCUUAUUUUCCCUCCUUUUUUUAGAAGGGCAGGACAGGGAUGUGCUGAUACAUUUAACAACCGCUCUUUUUAAAAAUGAACAUAUGACAUACUUUUUAAGCUUAAUCUGCAUUAUUAACACUAUCUUCAUUACUUUCUUAAGCUUAUACUAUUGAGGGAAAAAAAAAUCAGGAACAAUAAAUAAAGUCUUGAUUUAUAGCAUUUGCUGAUUUCCAUGUACAAAUAUUCUUUGUGAAAAUGCAAUCAUCAGACUUCAGCACAUCCCUGCUAUUGCUACUUACUAUUUGGGUAAUUGGGUGAGUCCCUCAUUGGAUCUUCUUUUCCUUAUUUAUAAGGUGAAAGAGUUAGAUGAGAUGACAUCAAGAAACCUGUUCAACUGUAAAACUGUGCUUUUAUUAUUUUAUUUCUUUAAAUGUUUAGCUGGCUUAAGGAGAAUUUUAGUUUGUGCGAUAAAAGUAGAGAAUACUAGAAGACUUGUCAUAAGUGAAAACUGAUUUCACUGCGUAAAACAGUAUGCUUUUGGUUUAAGUGAUCAUUUUGUGCUUAUAUGUACUGCAAUUAGGUAAAUGAGGGGGAGUUAGAAGCUUUUCUCUUAUAUGGGCUUGAUAAAAAUGAGUGUGGAUGAGAUAGAGAGGGGAAUUUGAUCCUGCUAGCAUGCAAAUACUUCCUAAUAUACUUUCUGAAUAUGACGUUCAAGUCAUGAUAAUAUUUCUACUAUUUGACUACUUAUUGCAAUUUGUAUGUUUAUAAUAUAGACAUACCCCAUUCAAUAAAAAAUGUUAAAAGCUGCA